AUGUUUCGACCUCCCAUCAACCGUGCCAUGCGCACACUCGAUCGGUCAUUUUUCCAGCGAAUCGUGCCCCUCUCCGCCGCACGGAUUUUUAAAGCUAGUGAUAUCGCAAAGAUCCGGAAGGAGCUGACCAAGAGCAAUGAUGUCUUGGCUGUUACUCGCGUCAAUGCUGUUCGUCAGGUGGAGGGCCAAGAUGGGUCUUCACUCAAGGCUUUGUUGUUGCGGGAGGACUUGAAGGCUGAUGAUCAGUCAACCUGGUCGCCAACCCUUGCAGAGCUUGUCAAAAAUGGAACUGUUGAUAUGACAUCCUUUGACCUGACCUUGAAUUAUGACUACUGGACAUAUGCUGAAAUCAUCCACUCCAUUCUACCGGAAGACAUGGAUGAGAUUCCCCAAGGUUUCACGCAAGUGGGGCACGUCUUGCACCUCAACCUCCGCGCAAACUACUUCCCAUACAAGCACCUGAUCGCCGAGAUCCUCAUGGACAAGAACCCAACCAUCGAGACCGUGAUUAACAAAACCGAAGAUGUCGGCUCGCACAGCCAAUUCCGCACUUUCCCAUUUGAGCUACUGGCUGGCAAGAAUGACCUAAAUGUCGUCCAACACGAGCAAGACUGCGAAUUCCGCUUUGACUACGCCCGCGUCUAUUGGAACAGUCGUCUGGAGACCGAGCACCGCCGCUUAGUCGAGAAGUUCCGCCCCGGUGAGAUGGUAUGCGAUGUGAUGGCUGGUGUAGGACCCUUCGCCGUGCCAGCGGGCCGAAAGAGGAUCUUCGUCUGGGCCAAUGAUCUCAAUCCACAUGGAUACGAGGUGAUGCAGGAUGCAGUGCGGCGCAACAAGGUGGCAGACUUUGUGACGCCAUUUAAUGAAGAUGGACGCGAUUUCGUGCGUGCCUCGGGAACCAGGCUUCUUGAAGCUCCGGCUAUUACUGUUACAAUCCCGCAAAAGAUCCGCCGGGAUAAGAAGCGCAAGAUUGAAGCUGGGGAGGAGGAACAGCUCCCUCCCUCGCCUAAAUAUACUCGUCCCUCGUUUGUCGAUCACUAUGUUAUGAACCUGCCUGCCGAUGCGAUUGAGUUCCUCGAUGCCUUCCCCGGUGUCUACAGCGGCAAGGCUGAGCUCUUUACGCCAAAUACUGAGCAGAAGCUCCCUAUGGUUCAUGUCUACUGUUUCUCUGGAAAUUCUGAUAACGAGGUGGAGGACCACAUUGAUAUCUGCCAGAGGAUCUCUGAGCGCAUCGGGUACAAGAUUACCAUUGAUGACUGCGUUGGUGGUAGUGGCGACCAGGAGGUGGAGCUUGCCAUUCAUAAUGUCAGACUUGUGAGUCCCAAGAAACAGAUGUUCUGCGCUAGCUUCCGCCUGCCCAGGGAGGUGGCUUUCCGCAAGAUCUGA